AGUUCGAACGGAAGCCAUCUUCGCAUCUCGGUUCUCCGAAUGAUUCUCCCCCGGACGAGUUGGGUUGCUGUGUUUCCAAUCGGUGUGACUUUCGAGAUGUGAGUUUUUUUCCGACCACAUUUCCCGGGGAUAUUCCUGAAGUAUGGGCAAAGAGCAGGAGCUGCUGGAUGCGGCGCGCAACGGCAACUUGGCCGUCGUUGAACGAAUCCUGAGUCAGCGAGCCAAGAAGACCGGACCGCUGGCGAGCCUGCGGCGCGGUCCGGGCACAAAUGCGCACGACCAGAGCGGCUACACGUCGCUGCACCACUCGGCGCUCAACGGGCACCCGGAAAUCGUGGCCCUCCUGCUCGACCACGAGGCGUCGGCCAACGUGGUGGACGGCCAGGGCUCUACGCCGCUCCACCUGGCCGCCUGGACCGGCAACACGGACGUGGUGCGCCUGCUGCUCGAAAGGGGCCCGUCGCUGGCCAACGCCAACCACUCCAACCAGGAACAGGAGACGGCCCUGCACUUCGCGGCCCAGUACGGCCACGCGGACGCCGUGGCCCUGUUGCUGUCGCACGGCGCAGAGCCGGGCCUCCGCAACGUGCGCGGGGAGAGUCCCCUGGACCUGGCUGCUCAGUACGGCCGCCUGGAGAGCGUGUCGUUGCUGGCCGGUGCCCAGGCGCACUCGCUGCAGAGGCUGGCCACGCCGCACCACUCGCCCCUGCACCUGGCCGCCAGGAACGGGCACCGACAGGUUGUGCGACUGCUGCUUGACAGGGGUUUUCCCGUCAACUGCCGGACGGAUGGCGGUACCGCCCUGCACGAAGCGGCGACUUUCGGCAAGUUGGACGUGGUGCGACUGCUGCUUGACUACGGUGUGGACCCGGAUCUGAGAGACGCUCAGGGCCGAAGGGCCACCGAUGUCCUCGAAGAACUGAACACGGGCAUCGCGAAGCAGGCGAGAGACAUGAUACGCGAGCGCGCGGAGGCGGACAGCGGCGGCUCGGCCGACGCCAGCCCCCGGUCCAUCAGCCCUCCUCCGGCGUUCGCGAGUCCCGCUGCCCGGCAGGGACUGCCCCGGAGGAACUCGGCGGGGCUCGGGUCGCCGGACCUGCUGGCCGACAUGGCGGCCGCCAGGCACGCCAAGAGGCCCUCGCUCGGGGACGUGGCCCGCGUGUCCCUGCGGGCCCACGAGGAGCGCCCUGGCGGCCCGCUGGUGCUGAGCUUGAGCCCCGGCGAGCUGGCCCAGGUGCCGCCGCCAGCCUGCUUCCAGGUCAGGUCCGACGAGGACGGACACUGGGCCGGCAGCGGCUACCUGCCCAUGGCGUCCCUGCAGCAACCCAAGCCGCAGCCGCCGGCCAAGCCCCCUCGGCGGUCCGUGGCCCACUCGCCCGGCGUGUACGAGCAGCUGUGCCUGUCGAGCUCGGGCCGACGGCGCCGGCUCUCGUCGGGGGACUCGCGCUCGCCGCCAGCAGAGUACGUGGACAUGCGGCCCAACCACGACGCCUCGUCCAGGCUGUGCGAGCUGAGCAGCCUCUACGACCAGGCGGCCAGCGAGUGCCUGUCCGGCCGGCAGCAGCACACGCGGUCGGCGAGCGACACGACGGGGACGUCGGACGAGCGGCCGGGUAGCCUGUCCCUGGGCGCCAAGCGGGCCACGGUCCAAAUCCCACUGAGCCCGAGCCACUACGCCCAGCCGCCCACGCCCGAGUUCCCGCCGCCGUCGCCCAGCACGGCCGAGUCCGGCAUCCACGACCGGAUUAGGCCGCUGAGCAGGGAGUACGUGGUCCAGCGUCGGCGGCGGCUGGGCAGCGUCGGCGGGUCGGUGGACGGCGGCCGGCGGAGCUCCCGGGACGCCGACACCCUGACCGACGAGGACCCGCUGCUCCAGCUCAACGGGGGGGACCUGGCGCCAGCGGGGAGCGUCGAGGAGAUCGUCGAGGAAAACCCUUUCGCAGGGCUGUGUCGGGGCUCCAGCAAGACGGAGGACCCGCCGACCCCCGCCGUGGAGCCGGGCAGCAAGCCCCGCCUGGGGCCCAAGCCCGCCCCGCCUCCACGCAGGCGAGUGCCACCCGUGGACACCGGUACUGGGAACUCCCACGGGGACGGCGAGACUGCGGUGGAGCCGUCGCGACAGCAGCCUUCCAGUCCGUUCGACGAGAAUGCGGAGUGGGCCGAGAUCGCCGACAUCAUGGCCUCGUUUGGCAGCGGCAUUGCCCGGGAGUCGGUGUUUGCCCGCGACAUGGAGGAGGAGUUUGCACGAACCCUGACGAGGCAGAAGAAGCAGACAGCUCCGACCGAGGACGGUCUGUCGUCCGCCCGGCCAGAGACCAUCGACCAGUGGCUGCUGGAGCUCGGUCUUCCGGAGUAUGCCAACCUACUCCUGGUGAACGGCUACGAUGAUGUCCGCUUCUUGGGUGGAGGGCUCGUGGAAGACCAAGACCUCCUGGAUAUGGGAGUCUCCAACGCGGACCACCGGCGUGCCAUGGUGGAGUCUGCGGCGGAGCGGCUGCCCCGCGUGCCGCAGCUGGAGCCCGGCUCAGACCCCGGACUGGACGCUUGGCUCGACUCGAUCGGACUGGCCUGCUACGCCGAGCGCUUCCGUGAGAACGGCUUUGGUUCCGUGGACCGCUGCCGGCUCAUCUGGGAACUGGAGCUGAACACUGUGCUGGAGAUCAGCAAGCUGGGUCACCAGAAGCGCAUCCUGGCUUCGCUGGGCGAGCGUGCUCCGAACCGGUUUGCGGAUCUGGACGACCUGGACCUCGGGCUGUCCAAGCUGAACAUGGGCCUGCGUGAGCUGGGGGUGGAGGAGGAAGACCGGCCGCCCCCCUGUGCUCUGCGCAUCCGUCCCCCGACGCAGCUGAUGAGCGACCCGGGACGGUCGCCCGCGCCCCUCGGGGGAGGGGCCCCGCCCGCCGCCCAGUGGAGGCACGAUCCCGAGCUGCUCGUCCAUGGCUGCUGUGACUACACUGCGCAGUACCUGGGCUCCACGCUCGUCAAAGAGCUCCAGGGCACGGAGUCGACUCGCCAGUCGAUCCACAAGUUGAAGGCAUCUACGCGCAACAUCGGCAAGAUCCCCAGCGUGCUGCUGUCGGUGUCGCAUCGCGGCGUCAAGUUUGUCGACGCGGUAACCAAGCGGCCGGUGUGCGAGCACGAGAUCCGGAACAUCCACUGUGCCUGCCAGGAUGCAGACGACCUCACCCACUUUGCUUACAUCACCAAGGAACACCAGACCAACCACCACUACUGCCACGUGUUCUGCGCUCAAACGAUGGAGCUGGCCACGGAGAUCAUCCUGACCCUGGGCCAGGCCUUCGAGGUGGCCUACCAGCUGGCACUCAGGGACCGAGGGGGCCUCCAGGAGGCGCCGCGGGCACCUCCGGCUUCGUCGCAGCGCACGUGACAGUUGUCCACGAGGUUCUGAGAACCUCUUCGGGCCACGGAACAAAGAUGCGGACGGUUCCGCCUCGUCGGGGGCGUCUCCCGUGCCCCCAUCCCCGCGUAUGGGCUCGCGCCAAUCCGCCCGAUUGCCGAUUCACGUUGUCUUCGGUUCCGAUCGGCCUACGGGGAGUCGCGGAGUUGGUUUCCGCGGACCAAGAGCAGUGCCCAGGCAAGCGGUUGGAGGAGGCUACCCCGCGCGAUGGUGCACUACGCCCGUGGCGAUUGUCGUCCCGCGUCCUCUUGCCGCGUCACGUCGCUGCGCUUUGCCGUUGCACUCCGAGGUCACAUUUUGCGUACGCCUUUCCUUCGUUCGAAGCGGUGCCGCCUGGGACGACGCUUUAGUCGACGGUCGCUUAAAUUGACGCCGGAAGUAGGAGGCACAAUUUGAUAUGCGAGUCGUUUUAAAGAGGCAACUGGGGCGAUGCAAUACCACUUAGUCGAGUACAAAUUAAUGUUAACUGCGCCGAGACAAACCAGAAGCUACGUAACUUCUCUAACCUACCUACCGUUACGGCGAGGACGAAACAAUCUUCUUCAAGAGGGUAGUUUGCCGAGCGGCACUCAAGACGUGCAUGCAUAGCGACGGCAGUGCAACAAUGCCGUCAGAUCCCGACAACAAUCUGACGAACCCCCCCGUUACUGAAGGGCUUUAACCCCUUAACCAUUUUUAGUUUUGGGAAAUUUCUCACUCUCAGCUGUGCUGUCUUAAAAAUGACAUUUGUUGCCUUCAAAACAAAAGUUUUUAGCUGCAAACAAAAUGGGAGAAAAAUUUAAGAACAUUUCAGUGCUGCCAUUUGUUGGCAGAGGUGCAAACUAAGCCACGAGCAAGCCCGGUUCGUCCAAAACGGUUGAGUGCGUGAAUUGCGAAAUGUCGACGAGCUACACACUGACCCCGAACGGUUUGGGGAGGGCUCCGCAUUGACGAGCUAGGCAAGUCCAAAAUGGUUAAGGGGUUAAGCAACCGUUUGUCGAGCGGUCACUUGGAAGUUGGAACUGCACAGCCUUUUUUUGUGAACGAGGUUACCACUUGGUGCAGUGGCGUAGCCAGGACUUUUCUAUGACUGCUGUUUUACUUCUCUGGUAGGGUUGGAGGGAGGGAGGAGAUAGAGGUAAAGAACAAACAUAUUCACUUUUUUUUUCUUUCUAUACUACCUACACUGAAAAAAACAGCGUGAAAGCAAGAAUGUACAUUUGGCUGCUACAACAAAAACUUUACUAUGUGACUGGUACAACAAAUUACGGUAGUUGGAGUUAUAUGUGACUGGUACAACAAAUUACGGAAGUUGGAGUUAUUUACUGUUUUUUGUUCACAAGCUGGGUAUCGUGAAAGGUGCUGGCAGAUUAAAUGCACCAGUAAGGAAAUAGCGUUGCUCCGGAGCCAGGGGAGAGCAGCGUGAUUUCACUAAGCACCUUUUUCACGAGGGUCCCAAGGGGUUCGAGAAAGGCCCCCAUGACGUGUGGAAAACUUCAAUGUCCAGGAGGUGGACACACCGUUGUCCACCUCCUACAAAACGGAGCAACUCGGGCUUAGAACAAUUACUCUUAUCGGAGGUUAACGGUUCUUCGGAAAGGGAAAGGAGUGAAACUGUGUUCGACUAGGGCCAUCAACUGAGUUAUCCUCCCAUUCGUCCUAGUCUUUUGGCUGUAUGGAUUAGGGCUCUCGCUGAAGCGGACAGGGUGUCCACUUGCAUGUUUUGGUAGAUGCACAAAAAAGAAGAAAGAAAUAGAGCAAAAAAUUUGGGGAGUGUUUUGACCCCCUUGGCUACGCCCCUGACUCGGUGGGCGGCCGGCCGGAACGUCGUGCACAUUAGGGUCGAUUGUAUCCCGACAGGGCAUGACGUCAGAAACUACCGUUUCUGACGUCACGCAAAUGUGGCGGCGCCGGCCGUUGAACGGCUCAGGAUAUGCUGUGCUGGAUGUCGGGAUUACGUUCGCCGGCCGUUUGUGGGCGGUUCUUCCGAGACCUCCGUUUUCCAGGAGGAGAGGGGGACUGCUUUGCCGGCGUUCUCCUUUUCCUCCUGCUCUCGGUUCGAGUCGACGAAGAGCGAUCGACGGUUCAGCUGGAACUGGCAUCGCAGGUUCCAGAACUCGCGGCCUCGAUCGGAAGCCGCCGCGAGCUAGGACAGGCGCGACGCUGCUCUGGCUGGAGGUCGCAGCGACGUCGCACUCUAGGCCGAAACGACGAGUGUCGCGGGUGAUUGUGCGUGGCGUCGCGAAGACGGUGAGCUUGGACCACGCGGCCGGCUCGACUGCUGGCUGUCCGUUCAGGGCGUCCUCGGCCGCAAAAGCCCCUGGCUUCUGAACCGGUCCGACUUGCGCGACAAACACCGAUUGUUUGCCCGCCGACAAAACACAACUGGCUCUUCCGCGGUACCGGCUGUUGGCACACGCGUUUUAUCUUUAUUUUUUGAGGAGGGGGAGGGGGGUUUGUUGCUGAUGCUUGAGCGUCAGAGAGGAGGCCGCUAACGAGACGCAUUUGAGGUGCUUGGGGACAGUGUUCGUUGUUUGUAGCUCAAUUAGGGACGAGGCCGUGAAUACCACCAACCAGUGCCGGACCUUUGGUGAGGUGACUUCACCGCUUCGGUGCAACGUCGCGUUUCUGAUGCGGUGAAAUGGAACAUGCUCACGUGCGCCCCUCCUGCGUUUGUACGCAUGCUCGAUGCCCACGGAUCACGUGACCCGAUCCGCUCGUUCGUAAGCGUCGAGUUGCGCGGCCCUCUGUCGUUCCUCCCCCGCCCGAGGGGUCCACCCCGCGACGGCAUUUAACGACGGGGCCCCCGCGUUGUACGGGUCGUUGCCCGUGUGCCGCCGCGACGGUGCGCGGUGGUCAAUGGAAGAUGAACACUCAUCCGGGGCUCGGGUCCGUCGUGUCGGCCCGAGCGCGACUAGUCAGUGGCCGCUGGCGUGUCCGCGGCACAAAGCUUGCUCGGCGACGUGGUCGCCGCUGUACAUAACGUAUCUCGACACCGCCAUCGGAGGCGCCUUGCGCGUCGUGCUGCGUGGUCGCCCCCUUUUUUUCUUUUUUUGAACUUACACGGUAAUAAAGUGGACGUCCUUCGUGAGCCCUGUCUUGUAGCGUGGUGCUGCCCUUUUUGUACCUGCUGUGGUGUCUGAGGCGUGCGAGAACUUCCGAAGGUUCGCGCGGGUCGGUUCGAGAACCUCGAAUAUCCUUAAGGUUGUUUCUUCCGGGGGUUUCGCAAACGAAGACUUCAAAUAUUGAGGGCCUCCUGAAUUCGGUCGUGUCACAAAAGGGGCUCUGGGACAUUAUCGUUGUUUUUAUUACAAGAGGCUUUGAAAGGAACGAGAAUGAAACGAAAAUUGUUUGUUGUCCUGUUCCCGAGUUGUUUCGAAAACAUCCCUCAAAAACGAAAGAAAUAAAAACCUUAAUAUCUUU